CAUUGCCAUCCUCUGAGGCUGAGAGAGUGUGACUUGCCCAAGAUCAUUCAGUGGGUUUUCGUCUCUGCGUUGGGAUUUGAAUCCUAGCCCACGAGUCUAUAGUCCAACACUCAAACCACUACAUAAACAUUGUGUAAAAGCAAUAGCGUAGGAAGGGCUCUUCCCAACUCAAAUGCUGCCUUUGGGAGAGAGGUGUGAACUUAACUCUUUGGUUUAUUCAACUAGUAGUUCCCCCUCACAAAUACAGAGGAGGAAGGCCUACUUCUAGAUUCCUUAGGCAUCUCUAUAGAUCUCUAGUUUGCGCCUGGCCUUCUGAUGCCUACAUUUCAGGAAUGUCUGUGUUUAUUUCAGGAUCUUUUCGGACUGAAUCGCUCCACUCCACCAUUGGCACCUGCAAUCCAGAAAGAUCUCCAAGGGCCACCGUUCCCUAGCCUUGGUUUCUAGAACCGUCGGAGUUUAGAAUGGAAGGGAUCUUGGAGGUCAUCCAGUCCAGCCGCCCAGCGCAAUGCAGGACUCUUUCAACAACAGCAUCCCUGACAGAUGACCAGACAUGUUCAGAGGGCCCAUUCUGGAACCCAUCUGAAGCCUGGCGGCUGUUGGUCAUUAACUGUUCUCAUCCCACACGGCGGUCAGAGGUCCUUCUGGCAGGCAGCUUCAGUUGGCACCUACUCAAGCCCCCAGCAUCACCAUGGCUAGCGCAUGGGGCUACAUGAAAACUGCCAGGCAGUUUAUCAAGAAGAACGUCUGCAAACCUGUCAAGAAGAGUGUCUGCAAAGCUGCCCGGAGGCUCUGUUCAUGUGUCAGGCCCUCCAAACAUGAGGAGGAUCCAGGUUUCCCAGAAGUAAAUAUAAGCCAUGCAGAGGAGGGCAACCCUGAGAUGCUUGCUGCAGAGAGCCUUCUCUCUUUGACGGAUAAUGAGGGAGUUAAGGAAACACCGUUAGGAACCGCAGGGAAAGAAAAAGAUGAUGGGGAGAAGAUAAACGACAAAGGCUCUGUGAAUUCAUCGGAUUUAGACAAUGAUGCAGAGGCUGAUUUUAAUCUUGGGUCCAUUUCAGACAGUUUGGAGGGCAUCCCUGACAUGCUCGCAGCAGAGAGCCUUCCCUUGUUGAUGGAUAAUGGGGAAGUUAAGGAAGCACCGCUAGGAGCCGCAGAGAAAGAAAAAGAUGAUGGGGAGAAGAUGAACGACGAAGGCUCUGUAAACUCACGGGAUUUAGACGGCAAUGCCUGUCCUGGGCAGGCUGAGUGUAAUCCUGGGCCUAGCUCAAACAGGUACGUUCUUCUCCGCAUGGGUCCUGGCUGGGGACCAAAUGAGUGGCACAUGAAGCCACUUUUUCCAUAG